CUUCGAGGCUAGGCUACCCGCGAAACAAUGAACCUUCACUAUGAGACUCCGUUGGUUGAGAGCGAGCUGAUAUCACAAGUAGCCGGUUGUAGAGUUUACUUGAAGCUAGAAAAUGUGCAGAAUGGUGGAUCAUUUAAAAUACGAGGAAUCGGCUAUCACUGCACGAAGGAGCAGGGGAGAGGUUGUGAGAGAUUGAUCAGCUCUUCUGGUGGAAAUGCCGGUAUCGCUACCGCUUAUGCUGGCCGGAAGCUGGGAAUGUCCGUGACUGUGAUUGUACCACAGUCGACGCCAAACAUUACCCGCAACAGGAUAGAGAAGGAGGGAGCUGCUGUCAUAGUUCAUGGCAAGACAUGGAAUGAAGCUAACGAAUAUUCUUUGAGUCUCGCUACAGAGCCAGGAAAUGCCCAUAUUCACCCAUUUGAUCAUCCAAAUAUCUGGAAUGGUCAUUCAUCACUAGUUACUGAGCUGAAUAGUCAACUGCAAGGUACCAAGCCUGAUGCUCUUGUUUUGUCUGUUGGUGGUGGUGGUCUCCUCAAUGGGGUAGUGCAAGGGUUGCAGAGCUCUGGGUGGGGAGAUGUUCCAGUUAUUGCUGUUGAGACAAAUGGAGCAGACUCAUUUGCAGCUGCUUGUAAAGCAGGGAAGCUGGUUACACUUCCUGACAUUACCAGUGUUGCAAAGUGUCUCGGGGCUAAGACUGUUAGUCAACGUUCCUUGGAUCUGAUAAAAGAGCAUCCAAUCUAUUCAACUGUUGUACCAGACAAGGCAGCUGUGGAUUCAUGUUACAAGUUAUUAGAUGAUCACCGUCUUCUUGUGGAACCAGCUUGUGGAGCUGCGUUAGCUGUUGUGUACAAUCCACACAUUCUAGACGAUCUGCAACAACAAGGGAAACUUCCAACACCACUUCGCACUGUGGUAGUGAUUGUGUGUGGAGGGAAUUGCGUUGAUAUUGAAUUGCUCAGCAAGUGGAAGAAGGAGCUUUCAAAACAAGAUGAGUUGAAAAUGGUAUGACUGCAGACAUAUUUUGAUGAACUACAUAGAUGUGUUGAGGUUGUAAAUCAAUUUUCUAGUAGCCAGUUAAUUUAUGUUUGUUGUGACAAUGAGGCUUAUUGAUUCAAUGACUAGACAUACGUAGUCAUUUUUCUACACAAGACUCAUGCUGGAUCUCCAAAUACAAUAUGGAGAAGUCGUAGUUUAUUUCCUACCUUCAUUAGUGUUUUCCAAC